GCAGGACCACCCGGACAUCGGACCCGAAUUGCUACUGCAAACUAUGGCAAAGUACGCUGCGCAGCUCGACGCCGAGCAGCCUGGCGGGCUCGGGUUCGCCACCGCAGUGCAGCAGCACGUGCACGAGUUGCGGGCGAUGGCGGAGAAAGGGCGGGACUCGUUGCGCGAGCAGGUGACGCAGCGGUUGUCGCAGCUGGAGACGAAGGCAACCCCCACGGAAGGCUGGAACGAGAUGAAGACGCGCGUCGUCCCGAAAAUCCUCGAGGCGCACCCGAACCUGACUGGCACGCAGCUGACGCAGGCCUUGCGCGAGUACGCGGGGCAAAUGGGCGAACCGUAUCCAACGGCGGUGGAAGAUCACCAGGGCGAGAUUGUCGCGAUGGCCGCCAGUGUAAUCCCCUCCAUUCAGGCCCUGCAGGCAAACACACCCAUGGAGCCGCGGCAGCCCACACCAUCUCCUCCGCGAUCGACGAUGGCGCGGGCGACCGCUCAACCAGGACAGGAGCGAUCGACUGCGCAACAAGGCGUGGAUCAUCGCGCGACCACGCAGUCGGCGGCGCGGGCGACCUCACCGGAGAUUCCACCCCCCGUUCCAGACCGUGGCGGCCCGGACGAGGGUGCGGUUUGGCAGCGGUUGAAGGUUCUCGCCGCGCGGCUCGCCGCGCAGCGCCCCGACGUGGACGGACAAGCGCUGUACAAGGCGUUUAUCGAGUACGCCAAGGAGCUGGACCGGAACGCCGGCGGCGGCGACGCGCACGUGCGCGUCGCGGAGAAACACGCGGUCGAGCUGCGAGCCAUGGGCGCACCGUCAGGAACGACCGUUGUGGCCAACAUGGCGCGGGACCUCGGCGCCGAGCGGGCGGAAAUGGAGGUAAAGGGCAUGGCGUACCGCAUCAUGGAGAGUAUGCCCAACACGACGGGCGACGUCUUGUUGUCCUCCAUCACAAGUUUCGCGGAGGAACGCCAGAUGGCGACGGGGAGCAAAGGCAUGGUCAAAGCGUUGCGCAGCCAGGACAUGCAGGACGAAAUUUACCGG